UGUAAACCUAAAAUUAAACAUCAUCAUCUCCUCCUCCUCCUCCUACUCUAAAAACUUCAAAAUUCAAAAUCAAUUGCUAGUGAUAUGGACAAAGAUGUCUACUUUUAUAGUGUUGUUGAUCAAAAGAAGCUUAAACUAUUUGGGUUUGAGCUCAAUCACCCAAGUAAAAACACCAGUGAAGGAGAUCAUGAAAGUGUGAAUUCAUCAACAAGAGAUGACAACAACAACAAGUUUUCGAACGACGUCGAGGACACAAAGAAGUUUGAGUGUCAGUACUGUUUGAAGGAGUUCGCAAAUUCGCAAGCACUGGGAGGUCACCAGAAUGCACACAAGAAGGAGAGAAUGAAGAAGAAGAGGUUGCAACUUCAAGCAAGGAAGGCUAGCAUCAGCCAUUAUCUUCAGCCUUAUCAUAUUAGUACUAAUAAUUAUAAUGGGUUUGUCUGCUAUGAUCCCUCUUUCUAUGAGGAUCAUUCUCCACAGAUUAGUUUCAGCCAGUUUGAUCAUGAUUUUCGUGUCAAUGGGUCAAAACGAUGCACACAGAGGCCGGAAUCAGGUGUGUUCACGGUCACUCAGACUGAUGGGAGAUCAGAGGAUGGAGAAAUUAUCAGACGGCCUAGGAUCGUGAAGGCUGCUGCAAAGCAAUCUUGUAAAUCUUUGGAUCUUCAAUUAGGUCUUAGCUUGCAACCAAAUUUUAGUUAGAAAUGAAACCAUUAAUCAUUUUCAAUUGGAGCGAUGGAAAGGGAAAACAAAUAUAGAUUACUUAAACAUAUAUUUCGAUGAUUACUCUAAGAAAGUCUAACCUAAAGUAUUGUCGGUUUUGAAUCUCAAGACUCGCAUGAUUUUUAUUUUUAAAAGAACCUUACACAAUUGAGAGGAGUUGAUCGAGUCUUAAUUUAUAAAAUAUUUUGUUUUACCUCAA